AUGGAUAGAGAUAGAGGUUGGAUGUAUAAUACUUCUCGCGUAAGUGCCGAGUACAUUGAAAAAGUGAAUGACUUUCUUGAUAAAGCAUUUGCAAAAGCAGCUAAAGGGAAUGAAAUAUGUUGUCCUUGUCGUGGUUGUUUUAAUCGUUGUUGGCAUCAGCGAAAUACUGUCUACAAUCACUUGAUUGUCAAGGGAUUUAUAAAUAAUUAUUACAAAUGGGUUUUCCAUGGUGAGGAUUUGCCAUCAAGAUUGAACGUCCAUAGCGAGAGUGAUGAUGAUGAUGCACGUACUCAUGAUGAUGUAGACGGAUUACUACAUGAUAUUUUUAGAGGCACAAUAGAAGAGUUUUCAGAUAACGAUGAAGAAGGCAUAAAGGAAGGCACAGAGGAAUUGACCGAGGAUGCUAAGAAAUUUUACAAGUUAGUGGAAGAAGGCCAACAAGAGUUAUUCCCAGGAUGCAAAGCUUUUUCCAAACUCUCUUUCAUAAUUCGAUUAUAUCUGCAUAAGUGCAUACAUGGACUAAGCAAUGAGGCAUUUGAUGAUUCUCUGACCUUGUGGAGGGAAGCAAUUCCAGACAUAAAGUUGCCAAAGUCUUUUUAUGAAGCCAAAAGGAUUGUCAAGGACUUGGGUCUCGAUUAUGAAAAAAUACAUGCGUGCUCUAACGAUUGUAUGCUAUUCUAUGGAAAUGUAAAUGGGAAACUGAAUAAGUGUAGUAGUUGUGGUGCUUCUCGGUGGAAGCCAACGAAGGAUGAUGUAGCAAAUGAUUCCAAUCAACCAUCUAAAAAGGUGCAUAAUGUUCCAGUAAAGGUUUUGAGGCAUCCGGCUGAUGGCAAAGCUUGGAAAGACUUUGAUGAAAAGCAUCCAGAGUUCGCAUUAGACCCUCGUAAUGUGAGAUUAGGGCUUGCUAGUGAUGGAUUUAACCCCUUUCGAACAAUGAGUAUUGCGCAUAGUACAUGGCCAGUUAUCUUAAUCAACUAUAAUUUACCGCCAUGGAUGUGCUUGAAGGCGGAAUAUUUCAUGCUAUCUCUACUUAUUCCUGGUCCUCAAUCCCCUGGCAACAACAUUGACAUAUACUUGCAGCCACUGAUUGAUGAAUUGAAAGAGUUGUGGGAAGUUGGAUUGCAUACAUAUGAUGCUUCUAUCAAACAAUCAUUUAAAUUGUGUGUAGCUUUGCUUUGGACAGUUAGUGACUUUCCAGGAUACACAAUGUUGUCCGGAUGGAGUACUAAAGGCAGCAAGAAGAUGUGUUAUAUGGGUCAUCGUAGAUUUUUAAAAGAUGACCACCCAUGGCGAUUUAAUAAAAGAUCGUUUAAUGGUGACAUUGAGCUUGGAAGAGAACCGAUAUCACUGUCUGGGACUGAAAUUAUAGAUGAAUUAUCUGAUUUUGUCAAUGAAUUUGGAAAAAAGCAAAAGAAAAGAGCAAAUAGAAAUUGUCCGUGGAAGAAAAGGUCGGAGAAGAAUGUUUGUGACAAUAUUGUUGGCACAUUGUUAGACAUUCCAGGAAAGACGAAGGAUCAUGUUAAAGCUCGCUUUGACUUACAACAAAUGGGCAUAAGACGAGAUCUUCAUCCUGUGCAGUCGGCUGAUGGUCGGCGUGUUACAUUUGCGAAAGCUUGCUUUUCUAUGACAAUACAGGAAAAAGAAAUGUUUUGCAAAGUGUUGGCGGAUGCAAAAGUGCCUCAUGGUUGUGCAUCAAAUAUCUCAAGAUGUGUAAAUGUGAGAGAGAAGAAAAUAUCUGGGUAUAAGACUCAUGAUGCUCAUUUUCUCAUGCAAUAUUUACUUCAAGUUGCAUUAAGAAGAAGUUUGCCUAGGAGUGUUGCUAUUCCUCUCAUCAGAUUAGGUGCUUUCUUCAAGGGUUUAUGCAGCAAAGUUCUCAAGCCAGUUGAACUUAAAUCCUUGCAGUCUGAGAUCGUAGAGAUACUUUGUCAACUUGAGAAAAUAUUUCCACCAAGUUUCUUUGACAUCAUGGUUCAUCUUCCUGUUCAUUUAGUUCAACAAAUUUUGGAUUGUGGGCCAGUCAACUACUUCUGGAUGUACCCAACAGAGAGAUAUCUUUGUAGAUUAAAGUCAUAUGUGCGUAAUAGAAGUGCUCCUGAAGGUUCCAUAGCAGAAGGAUAUUUAGCUGAAGAGUCCCUAACUUUUUGCUCAUUAUAUAUGCAUGAUGGUGUCAAGACAAGAUUUAAUAGAUACACAAGUAUGUAUGAGAGAGUUGAUGUUGCAGAAGAGACAUCGCCAAUUUUUCCUAAGAUAGGUCAUCCAUUGGGAGGAAAGAGGAAAAGAAAGGGCAAAGCAUUUACAUUAGAUAAUGUUGACUGGGUUAAUGCACAUCGAUAUGCCUUGUACAAUUGUGAUAACAAUGAAGUGGAUAAUUACAUACGUGAACAUAAACUUUUGAUUGAGAAUCAGUCAAGAAAAAGAGGCAGAACAAAUAAAUGGACGGGAGCUCAAAAGCACAGCAAGGACUUCACUGACUGGUUUAAAACUAGAGUAUCUGAGUUGGAAUCAGCGCCUGAUUAUCUAAAAUGGUUAUCAAUGGGUCCUAAUUUUGUAGCAAAAAAAUACAGAGGCUAUUAUGUGAAUGGUUGUACUUUCCACAUCAAGGCGCGUGAUGAAACAUGCAAAACUCAGAAUAGUGGUGUGUCUGUAACCAGUCAAGUAGACAGUUAUGCAAGUUCAAAGGACCAUAAUCCUAAAACUGGAAAUGUUACUUUUUAUGGCGUCAUACAAGAUAUCAUUGAAAUAGACUAUUGGGGCAAAUUUAGUGUUGUGCUUUUCAAAUGUGACUGGUUUCAUUCAGAAGAAGAUGAAUAUGGGCUUAUCCGCGUCAAUUUCAAUAACAAAGGCCAUAUAAAUGACCCUUUUGUCAUGGCAUGCCAAGUUCAUCAAGUUUUCUAUGUGAAGGAUCCUGUUGAAGAGGCAAACAAGAAUUGGCAUUAUGUUUUAAAGAAGCUUCCUAGUCAUGUUUAUGAUAUUGGUGCUACACAUGGAGGUGACUAUUGGGUUGAAAGUAGUGACAUUGUCAGUGAUUUAAUCCCAACUAGUAAUGAUGACAUAGAUGAUGUGGGUUGGUGUAGAGAUGAUGUGCCGAGGUCCACUGCUGACAUUCCUCCAAAUAUAUAUAUUGAUGAUGACAAUAUAAUGGAAGGUGAUGAAGACAGUGACUUUGAUGAAACAGAGUGGGAUUGGAUGGAGUAA